GACCGGGGAAGCACGUCGCGGCCCCUGCCUCCAUUUUCCGUAUGGUCUCCGCGAACCCGCCGCCGGCGCAGCUGCUGGCCGAGGCGGACGACGCCAGCAAGAAGGUGCGGAAGCCCUACACCAUCACCAAGUCGCGCGAGAGCUGGACGGAGCAGGAGCACGACAAGUUCCUCGAGGCGCUCCAGCUCUUUGACCGUGACUGGAAAAAGAUAGAAGCCUUUGUUGGUUCCAAGACUGUCAUCCAGAUAAGGAGCCAUGCGCAGAAGUAUUUUCUCAAGGUUCAGAAAAAUGGAACCAGCGAACAUGUCCCUCCUCCACGACCAAAGCGCAAAGCUGCUCAUCCAUACCCUCAGAAGGCCUCCAAAAAUGAACUAGCAUAUGCCCUCAAGACAGAUCCAUCUUCCAUGCUUAGGAACUCAGGGAUGAAUGUGGCUGUUUCUUCAUGGACCCACAGUUCCAUCCCGCCGAUUGUCGCGUCAUCUCUGGUGAAAGAUUUAGGUGCUGGGUCUAUGGAUGCAAACAUGUUUUGCUCAAGCAGUAAUGAAGGCCCUCCAAGGGCAUGGCAACCUGGUGAAACCAAUGAUCAGCUAAAUCAAGUUCCACCACUCCGCAUUAUGCCAGAUUUUGCACAAGUAUACAGCUUCUUAGGCAGUGUUUUCGAUCCAAGCACAAAGGGUCAUUUGCAGAAACUUAAGGAGAUGAAUCCAAUUGAUGUUGAAACGGCACUGUUGCUGAUGAGAAAUCUCUCCAUCAACUUGACUAGUCCCGAUUUUGAAGAUCAAAGGAAGUUACUGUCUUCGUACAAUUCCACCUCUGAGGAGCUUGACCUAGGGAGCUCCAGAAGUUCUCUUCUAGCUGAUAGUGCAUUGAGCCUUUAUUGAUACUUCAUGAUUGAAGGCAGAUGGUGGUGUCUAUACUUUCAGCUCGAUCUCUGAAUAGGGGGUUCUCCUGGAGCACCCAUGGCCACGAAGGCGCUUGCACCAUUGUAUUUCUAGCUAGCUACGAACCAUAGAAUGUGUAAGGGUGCAACCAUGUACAGUAGGCUUCCGUAAGGUGAGAUAUGUCUAUAGCCUUAUGUGUAUAUAUUUUUGCCCCCAAGUGUGUAUCUUUCCUCCCCAAUACCACGGCCAUCUAGAUGCGCAGAUGUUGCUUCAGUUGAAGCUUAAAAGUGUCAUUCUUAGUAAUAGAAACUGGAGAGGAAAUUUUGAGUAAUUCCGGUUACUCCCUUUUCCCUCCAUUGAGUUUGAUUGCUGGUAUCAUUUUUGUUUAUGUUAUCUGGAGGAUACUGUCCCAUCCCAUGUGACGAUGACAUAACCAUAAUACUAUAUAUGUUGUUUGUUGA